UUAUAUUAAUUAAAAUUGAAUUAAAUAAAUAAAAGAUCACAUCAUUAAAUGCCUGCUUUUUAAAUAAUUUUUAUGAAAUUUUGUAAAUUACACUGCAUUUAACUUGUGCUUUUUGUUGGAAUAGUUAGGCAAUCCAUUAAAUUCAAUAGCCUAAUAAUUUUUCCAAUUAAAAAUGAUUAUAAACAAAUAAUAAUGUAAAGAAAAUGUUUUGUUCUCUUCUUACAGGAUGUAAUAAAAAUGUUUUGCUCUUUUUUGAUUUGCGUGACUAAGACAACAAACUCCAAAAACCACAUCCAGUUGGUUUCAUUAACAUCAAAUAAUUAAUAAUUGGAGAUGAAAAAUUACUUUAUGCAACACCUCACCAUUUACCAUAAUGAGUUUAUACAGAAACGAGAUUGAUCAUAUCUCAAGGAUGAAUGAAUAAGAAUCUGACUUUCAAGGCUUCGAAGUUGUGAUUCAGAAUGGAUUUAGAAUGCAUUAUAAAAGAACUGGGCCAAUUCAACAGAUACCAGGUUUACAUAUUUUUAUUGCUAUUUGCCUCUGUGACGUUCAACACAUUUUAUUCAGUAAGUUAUAUAUUUACUGCAGGCGAUUUGAACUACAGAUGUUUUGUGGAGGAUUGCGAUAAUAAGACGACUCCCGUCUUCGAGCAACAGUGGCUUAAAAAUGCCAUACCAUUUAAAAAUGAUAAAUUUUCUAAAUGUCAAUCUUACAUUCGUUUUAAUGAGACAUUUGAAAGCUGCUUUACUUUCAACAAAGAGGAGACUGAAAAGUGCAAUAAUUUUGUCUUUCAAACAAAUGAGAAAACUAUUGCUAAUGAGUUUAAUUUACUCUGUGGUGAGAAUCAUUGGAAACUGACAUUGGUUGGGACGAUUAACAAUAUUGGCCAGUUUAUUGGAAUGCCUCUUGCAGGAAUUUUUUCAGACAAAUGUGGCAGAAAGACAACACUAACGACUAUGCUAUUGCUAUCAACUGUUAUGGGAAUCCUGAGGUCAUUUUCUCCUACAUACUAUGUCUUCCUCUUCUUAGAGAUGAUGGAUGCCAUUGUUGCAAGUGGCUGUUACAGCGCUUCCUUCAUUCUAGGAAUGGAGAUUAUCAGUUAUAAAAAAAGGGUCUUUGGAAGUAUUUUACUAUGCUGCUGUUACACAGUUGGAGAAGUUAUUCUUGGCCUGACAGCCUGGGCCAUCCCCGACUGGCGGAUUUAUUUACGAAUCCUGUACAUUCCUGGGCUUUUAUUUGUAUUUUACAUAUGGAUAGUACCAGAAUCCAUCCGUUGGCUUUACACACAGAAUAGGUUUUUAGAAAUGCGAAAGAUUAUCGAUAAAAUUGCAAUUGUUAAUGGGAAAACAUUGUCAAAAAGUAAUAUACAAAAGCUGGAUUCUUUAGGAACUGAAAACAAAAUCGAGGAAGAUUCAGAAGAAAAACACAUUUGGAAGACGAUAUCAAAAUCGAAAACAAUUAAAACUCGUCUAUUAGUCUCCUCAUUUGUUUGGAUUACCCAUACUUUUGUGUUCUAUGGCCUGUCGCUUAAUUCUGUCUCUGUAGCUGGGAACAAAUAUGCUAAUUUCAUACUUGUUAGUUUAGUAGAAAUACCAGGAUAUGUGGUAACGCUGUUUGUGUUGGACUUAUUCGGUCGAAGGGUCUCCAAUGCAUUAUUUUUAUUUAUUAGUGCACUGUCAUGCUUUGGAUUCUGUUUUCUUUCGGAGGAAAAAGUAAAUGGAAGAUUGAUACUUUUUCUGCUAGGAAAGUGUUCCAUUACAGCUUCAUUUAAUGUUCUAUACAUUUUUACAUCUGAAAUGUACCCUACAAAAUUACGCCACUCUUUACUUGGUAUCUGCUCGAUGUUCGGCAGAAUCGGUUCAAUGGCUGCACCCCAGACACCAUUAUUGAGUAAAUAUGUUAAUCCUAUUUUGAUAUUUGGUACCAUGUCAGUUUUAUCUGGAUUUUGUUGCAUUUAUUUCCCUGAGACUGCAAAUACCAAACUUCCAGACAGCUUGGAAGAAGCAGAAAACAUAGAUAAAUGUAAAGAUCUACAGAAGAAAGCUGUUGUUAUGUUAAAUGAUAAAAGUGGAAGGAGUGAAGACAGCUAAAUAAAACAGUUACAACUUUAAAUUAUUUAAUUUCAGUCUUUAUACAUUUAUGGACAUGAUACUGCCCCUUUAAAUUAAUAUUUUGGCUUACAAUUUAAAAUUUUCAUUGAUUUUUGUCAACACAUUCAACAUUGUACCACCAGUCGCAAACAAGAAAGUCCUGGCUGAAGAGAGUCCCAUUUGGACACGACAUCGGCUCAACAACGCCAUGCUCUGUACAAAUGUAGAAUGUCUACAACAACAACAACAAAAAGUUCAUUCAUGUGUUAAAAUUAUAAACACAACAAAUUACAUACUUGACAGCCGUUUGAUACGUCAGCAAUAUAGCCAAGGUGGUUUCUACAAACAUUUUUUGAAGUCUUGCUUUGUCUCAAUACUUCCGGCAUUGGUGUUGUAUCUUCUGGAAACAAAAAAAUGAACACAAAAAAACAUUAAAUAAAUUUUAAUUAAAAUGUU